CCCGUAUGACCCGUCAGAGGUGACGGUCAUCAGUGACCAUUUCGUUUGCCCGUCACAGGUAUCCCGUCAGAGAUGUGAGGAUCUGGUGUAGUGGAUGCAUUGGUUAAUGGCUAGUAUUCCUAGUCAAUUUGCGUUUCUAUUAAUUGGUAAUCGUCUUAUAUAUCAAAUUUCACAUAUACAGGUACCCUGAUGAUCAGUACGAUCGGUUCUGGUCCACAGAUGAAGCCCAUCCCUUGUCGACAAACAUUUCCACCCAAACUACCAUCCAACCUAGCACCGAAUUUGCGGUGCCCUCGCCUGUUCUCCAGAAAGCCAUUGUGCCGAGUGGCAACUCCAUGAAACUAGUUUUCUUUUCCGGCCAAGUAGACGUCCUUCUUCGUAACCACUUCGUGAUCCUGCAUUUCGCUGACUUCCAGAACAACAAGUCCCGGGAAUUUACAGUUUCCAUCGACAACGGCGUGCAUAGCAGCCCAUACAGUACACCGUACCUAAAUGGUUUGUCAGUCACCGGCAGCUGGUCCAGCGAUUCUGAAGGCAAGUAUAACUUCACCAUUGCUGCAACUGCCAUAUCAGCUCUGCCCCCCAUCCUCAACGCUUACGAGGUCUACGGUCGUAUUGUCCAUGACAAUCCAACAACGUUCUCCCAAGAUUUUGAUGCGAUCAUGGCUAUUAAAUAUGAGUAUGGAAUAAAGAAGAACUGGAUGGGUGAUCCUUGUUUUCCACAUGAAUAUGUUUGGGAUGGUGUGAAAUGCAGCGAUGCAGGUGAUAAAAUCAUGAGGAUAAUAUCUCUUGAUCUUUCCAACAGCGAAUUGCAUGGGUCGAUAUCCAAUUCUUUCACAUUGUUUACUGCCCUCAAGUACUUAAACUUAUCAUGCAACCAACUUAAUGGGACAAUUCCAUACUCCCUCCUCAAAAAUAAUGGAUCAAUUGAUUUCAGUUAUGAGACUGAUGGAAAUAUGUGCAAAACACCUGUUACUCCAUCCCUGUCAAGAAAUAGAGCCGUUACCUUGGCUGUUUCCGUAGUGGCCCCAGUGCUGGUACUGGCCAUACUUGUUCUCACAUAUUUGAUAUGGAGAGCCAAAAGAAAGCUCAAUACUUCUUCAACUGAUCUUGCCAUGGUACCAGAACUCAGGGGUGCUCCUGGACAUAUCACAAAUCAUUGGGACCAUUUACAAGAACCUGAAAAUCGCCGAUUCACGUAUCAGGAGCUAGAGAAGUUUACUGAUAACUUCAAACAUUUAAUUGGGCAUGGAGGCUUCGGGCAUGUGUACUACGGUUGUUUAGAAGACAGUACUGAGGUUGCUAUCAAGAUGCGGUCUGAAUUGUCUUCGCAUGGGCUUGAUCAAUUUUUAGCUGAGGUUCAGAGCUUGACCAAGGUGCAUCACAGAAAUCUUGUUUGUUUGGUUGGGUACUGCUGGGAGAAGGAACAUUUAGCACUUGUCUACGAGUAUAUGUCUAGAGGCAAUCUUUGUGAUUAUCUAAGAGGGAAAAUUGGUAUGGGAGAAAAUUUGAAUUGGAAGACACGCGUAAGAGUUGCACUUGAAGCUGCACAAGGCCUGGAUUAUCUCCAUAAGGGUUGCAACUUGCCAAUAAUUCAUGGGGAUAUGAAGACGAACAACAUUCUGUUGGGUCAAAAUUUUAAAGCAAAAAUAGCAGAUUUUGGAACUCAUAUUUCAGCCGUUGCAGCUGGAUCUAUGGGUUAUAUUGACUCUGAGUACUACACCACUGGUAGGCUCACCGAGAGCAGCGACGUUUACAGCUUCGGCAUUGUUUUACUAGAGAUAACAACUGGCGAGCCUCCUAUAAUACCUGAAAAAGGUCACAUUGUUCAACGUGUGAAGAAAAAGAUUGUCAGUGGUAACAUUAGCUCAGUUGCAGACGCACAUCUUGGAGGUGCCUACAAUGUUAGCUCCAUGUGGAAAGUUGUUAACAUCGCCAUGAUGUGCACAACAGAUAUAGCUACUCAAAGGCCAAAGAUGGCUGACGUGGUUGUUCAGCUGAAGGAAAGCCUAGACUUGGUGGAAGUUCAAGGGGACAGAGGAGACAAGGAAAACCUAGCAAGUGAUACCAUGUCUUCGAUGUCGACAUUUGGUCCAUCGGCAAGAUGAUUAAAUAAUACAUACCUAGCCUUGGCUUUCACUACAUUGAUGGAUCCCUGUGACAAGUCUAUAACGAUAUAUACAAUGUGCAUGCACAGCCUGUUUGUUUUGUUAAUGUCAAUAAUUGAGACAGCCAGUAUAAAACAUAGAUGUCAUGGAAGGAUCAUGAUAGGUGUGUAUAUGGCCCAUAAUGUAUAGUUUGCAUCUAUCUAUGUGUGUCAACUAUUACUCACAUUAGCUCCAAUAUUCUUCUGAUACUACAACUCCAAUUAAUCCUUAGCAAAGAUUGUUUGCACAUUUCCUUAUUGCUUCUUAUGUCCUAUUUCACAUAAUCUAUCAUUAGUACUUGUAUGCUCCAGCA